ACAGGCGCAGGAGAAAAUAUUUUGGCAGUGGGUGCAGUGGGUGGGACUGAGAGGGGGAAAGCAAGUAAAUAAUCGAGUGAUCGAGCUGGACAGGAGAGAGAGAACGGGCCGGGGUGACUGAAGAGAGGAGAGCGGAAGACUCGGUGUCCACUCUGAGAUUCUUCAUAUUUCCUUCUCUUGUUCUUAUUCUGUACUGCUCUUGUUCCUUCAUUCUUAAAGCAACUUCUCUCUCUCUCUCUCCUUCUCUCACUCUCUCUCUCUCUCUCUCUUUCUCUCUAACCCUCUGUCCCUUAUGGCUACUCCUGCCUCACCUCUGGAGGACGACUUGUCGUGCAGCGUGUGCUGCGACAUCUUCCGGGAGCCCGUGUUGCUGGGCUGUGGACACAGCUUCUGCCGGGAGUGCCUUAGCCGCCACUGGAGCUCCAGCAAUGGCCGCCGUUGCCCCGUCUGCCGACGCUCCUCACCCCAGCCACCCCUCCUCAACAUCAGCCUCAGGAGCACCUGCGAGUCCUUCCUGCAACAGCAGCAGCAGCAGCAGCAGAAAGAUGCCAACGAGGCCCAGAAGAGGAAGAAAGAGGAAGAUGAGGAGGAAGAAGAGAAGAAAGAGGAGAGGGCCAGGCUGUGUCCUGAGCACGGUCAGAGGCUGGCGUUCUUCUGUGAGAAGGAACAGCAGCUCGUCUGCUCACAGUGCAAGAAGAAUGGACACAGAGGCCACCGCGUCCUGUCCGUGCAGAAAGCAGUGAAGGAGCGCCAGGCAAAACUGUCAACAGCAAUGACACCACUGAAACAGAGACUGGAUUUGCUCACAAGUGGCACCACUCAAAGCACCUAUGGCAUGAAGGAUAUUAAGAGCCAAACUGAGGACACAGAGAGGAAGAUCAAGAAGGACUUUGAGGAGCUCCAUAAGUUCCUAUUGGACGAGGAGGCGUCCAGACUGAGCGCGCUCACACAGGAGGCGGAGUCCUGCAGCACAGUCAGGAAGGCGAAGACGAGCAGACAGAUUGGCAACCUCUCACAGAAACUCAAAGACCUGGAGGACAAGAUGGAGGCAAAAGAUGCCAUCGGCUUCCUGCAGAACUUUGACUCUAUCCUAAAGCAAGCCCAGACUCCAGAGCCAGAAGAUGACUUCCCAUCCUUGUCAGGCGUUCCAGCUCUGAAUUUCACAGAGUCCCAGUUGAGUAUCGAUGUGGCCAGACACCUGGGGAAUCUGAAAUUCAGAGUCUGGGAGAGGAUGAGGAGUAGAGCACCAUACUACCCGGUGACCCUUGACCCAAAUGCCCACCUCUGCUUCCUGUCUCUGACGGACGACCUGGCCAGUGUCAGCAGGGUGGACAAAGAGUGGUGCCUCUGUCCGGUGCCGGGGUCAGAGGGCAUCGCCGACGACAACUUCCACUCCUGGGACGUCGACGUGGGAGAUGAGAAUGCAGAGUGGAUGCUGGGAGUGAUGACUCACCGAUUCAUACACGGCCUCCUUCCUGUUUGUCCAGAGAUGGGCUUCUGGGCCAUCCAGAGAUCAGGUGGUGAGUUCCAGGCCCUGACUGCCGUCACAUCCGUGACUGGGCUGCACUUGACCAGCAGACCCCGUGUGGUGCGGGUGCAGCUAUGGCGACCUUUCACCCUGAGGGCUCUGCCCACCCGGAGGGUAAGGUUUCUGGACGCCCAGAGUGGCACAGAGAUUUUCCGGUACGACGGCGUCCCGUGCCAGGUGCCCGUCUACCCGUUCCUCUUCCCCACUAAGAUGCCGUCCGCGCUCAGGCUGAUGCCAACGGAGGUGACCGUGCUGGUGAAAGAGGAGGCGAGCUUCAUGCAGAAACAUGCCAACACAUUCACCACCGUUGCCACCACAUACAAGACCGUUGCCACCACCACACGCGCGACCUUUGAGUUCAUGGCUUUUAUCGCCUUUUUUGCCUAUCUCCUCUAUGCCGUCUCUUCACAAGCGCUCAGCUCCCAGACAUAGUAUGACGUUUGAGUUUGAGGUCACAGUCUCCAAUUCAGCUGAGGCUCAACAGAUUUUUUUUUUAAUAGUGCAGUAAUAGUGCAACAAAUAUACAGUGCUAUGAUCAUCCAACUAAUUUUAAUAUAAGACAUAGGCGAGUAAACAUAAAAUGCAGCUUUUAAAGUUUGAGUGUGAGGUCACAAUUUCCGUUCAUCAUCAAGGUCACACGUGAUGUGUGCGUCCAUAUGGUGACAAGAUGUUUAUUACCUCCGCCAAGGACGUUAUGUUUUCAUCAGGGUCUGUUUGUUUGUCUGGUUUUUUGUUAGCAAGGUAAUUCAAAAACACAUGGAUGGAUUUCGAUGCAAUUUUCAGGAAAAGUCCAAAAGGACCCAAGGAAGAAAUGUUGUGAUCAGAAGAAAUGUGAUCCGGAUCAACCACAAACGUGGGGGGAGGUCUGCGCUCUCGGAGUACUUUUGGUACUUGGAAUUUUUCUGAACAAAUCUCUCGUGCCCAUGAUUCAUCCUAUUUCAUUUUUGUUUUAAAUAAAGUGAUUCAAAAACUUC